AUGCAUCUGUCACACACCAACCAGACCAACCAAUCCAUUGCCUCUGAAUUCAUCUUCCAGGCAUUCUCUUCCAUUCCUGAGAUACAACAUCUUCUAUUCACAUUCUUCCUUCUGCUCUAUUUCACAAUUAUCCUUGGUAAUGUGUCUAUCAUCUGGGUAAUCUGCUCUGACCAGUCCCUUCACACUCCCAUGUAUUUCUUCUUAGGCAAUCUCUCUUUUUUAGAGAUCUGUUACACCACUGUGGUAGUGCCUCAAAUGCUGGCCAGUGUUUUAGAUGUCCACAGAACAAUCCCCAUUAUAAAUUGUGCCCUCCAGAUGUUCUUCUUUACAACACUAGGCAGCACUGAUUGCUUCAUGUUGGCUGUUAUGGCAUAUGACCGUUAUGUGGCCAUCUGUCACCCACUUCGCUACAUCCUGAUCAUGACUUGGAAGAUGUGUGCAAGGUUGGUUGUUGGCUGUCUAGUGCUUUCCUUUGUACUGUGCCUGGAACUUACUCUUAUGAUUUUCACCUUGCCAUUUUGUGGUCACCAGCCUCAAAUCAACCAUUUCCUGUGUGACGUGCCUCCUGUGCUGCGAUUGGCAUGUGCUGACACUCAUAUCCAUCAGAAUGUGUUAUACAGUGUUGGUAUCAUGGUGCUUGCUGUCCCCUUCCUUCUGAUAAGCAUUUCCUACAUCUACAUUGUGGCUGCCCUCCUGCGGAUCCGUUCUACAUUUGGUCGGCAUCAGGCCUUCUCCACCUGUUCCUCCCACUUGACAGUGGUUAUCCUGCAGUACGGCUGUUGCAGUCUUGUUUACUUGCGUCCAAAGUCAAGCUCUUCAGAAGAAGAGGACCGGCAACUUGCUCUCAUAUACACUUUCAUUACUCCAUUGCUGAACCCACUCAUCUACAGCCUGAGGAACAAGGAUGUCAAGCAGGCCCUGAAGAAAGCCAUGAGGAGGACUGCUGCGUCCCAGCCAAAUGAAGUCUGA